AUGUCCGUGCGCCGGGGCGAGCGGUCCGCGCGGCUCGGGACCCGCCUCUCCUGGCUGCUGUGCUGCAGCGCCCUGCUGUCCCCAGCCGCCGGGUACGUGAUUGUGAGCUCUGUGUCCUGGGCUGUCACCAACGAGGUGGAUGAAGAGCUGGACAGCGCCUCCACCGAGGAAGCGCUGCCCGCGCUGCUGGAGGACUCGAGCAGCAUCUGGCAGCAGAGCUUCCCAGCCUCGGCUCACAAGGAGGACGCGCACUUGCGGCCCCGGACAGGUGCUGCCCGCGCCAGGCCACCCCCGGCGCCCCCGGGGAUGUUCUCCUACCGGCGGGAAAGCGGCCCGGCGGCCGGUGCGCCCCCUGACCCGAGACUGCGCGCUGGCACCGCCCGCUCCCUGGCCCACGCCAGCGCCUGGGGCUGUCUGGCCACCGUGUCCGCCCACGAGAAGAUCCCAGGACUGCCGUUUGGGAACUGCCUGCCCAUCAGUGAUGGUCCCUUCAACAACAGUACUGGAAUUCCUUUCUUCUAUAUGACCGCCAAGGACCCUGUGGUGGCAGAUCUGAUGAAAAAUCCCAUGGCCUCGCUGAUGCUGCCUGAAUCAGAAGGAGAGUUUUGCAGGAAAAACAUCGUGGACCCAGAAGAUUCCCGAUGUGUCCGAUUAACGCUCACUGGCCAGAUGACUUCAGUAUCUCUAGAAGAAGUAGAAUUUGCCAAGCAGGCCAUGUUUUCAAGGCACCCAGGGAUGAGGAAGUGGCCCCGUCAGUAUGAAUGGUUCUUCAUGAAGAUGAGAAUAGAAUAUAUUUGGCUUCAGAAAUGGUAUGGAGGUGUAUCUGACAUUUCAAAGGAGGAAUAUUUCAAAGCGGUUCCUAGAAAGGCCUGA